AGGAGUGUGGAGUGGUUGUAGAAAGAGAGAGAAAGAAGAAGAAGAUGGAGAAGUAUUUCGGAAAAGCUUAUCGUGGAGACCCAGGUGUGCCACACGCUGAGCCUGAGAGGUUCGUCAACAUUUGGAUCGGAGCCGCCGCUUUCGCGGUUCUCACUUACUUCAAUCCCUACGUGUGGCAGCUCAGCUACACCUUCAACUUUCAUGAUAAGGCAAUGUUAUACGAGCAGUACCAUUGGAAAAGGGCAAAGAAGAAGGGUCAGCGCUAUGAAUUCCUGUGGAACAAGACCUGGGACAAGGAACACCGAGAUGCAUACUAUUACAACUGGCCUAUUUACUUCCCUUAGAUCCUGUCCGUAUUUGUUUCUUCUUGCUGGGAUUGUCUUAUAUUUACUGUGCUUGUGAAACUUGGAGGAAACUGAGACUCCUUUCCCUUUCCCUUGCAUGCAAUCUGGAAUAUGAAUUACAUUUUAUGUUUGACCUGAAUCAAAUACCGGAAAUGUUGCUUGAGAUA